CAGUUGUUUGAAAAGCUGGUAUGCCUUGAGGAUGUGUCAGGCUUUGCGAACAAGAAGGCUGCUUUGGGAUGUGAACAUCGUCCAGCUGAAGUCCACUGGUGGAUUUCCUGCGGACGUAAAGGAAAACCAACCAUACCCGAUCUCAAUGCAUUUGUGUUGCGAUGGUGGUCCUGGUGGAUCACGCUUCAACCAGAGUGGAGAAAAUGUCAGGCCCCGACACUUACGACAAGUGCAAUCCUCCCUCGCACAGAUGACAGCAACUGGGACACCCUCAACAAACCAGGUGCAAAUGGCAUGCUCUCGGUUGUAGCUACCUUGAAAUGGUGGGCAGAUGGUGCUGAUGGUAAAGGGUACGAAGAUUCGCGAUGGGAAGAUGCUGCUGAUGAUGUUGUGUGGGUUUUG